UUUCUCUCUCUCUUUUGCACACACUCACUCUUUCGCUCUCGCUCAGGCUCGAGCACAUGCAGACAGAGAGAGGGGGGAUGAACGAGGUGCACACAUGUGAGGAUCUCCUGAACUGCCGGGGCAAGGCAGGACUGGUGAAGAGAGAAGAAGAAGAAGAAGAGGAGGAGGAGGAGGAGGAGGAGGAAUAGAGGAAUACUGCAGUGACCAGCCAGCUUCUCUCUCUCUCUCUCUCUCUCUCUCUCUCUCUUUCUCUCUCUCUCUUUCUCACUGCUUCACUGCUUUCAUCACCCUGUCUUCUUCAUCCCCUUCUCUCCCCCUCUGCCAAUUACACCAUGAACCUGCCUGCUGCUUGUUGCUAAGGGGGAGCCAACCAGGGGGAGCAGAGUGGACCAGGCAUUAUUUUGUUUCUAAGGACUUGAGUGAAAAUGGCGGAGGGGUCUAGAGACCAGGGAGGCGUGGGCACCACUGAUCCAGAGGAGGACUCCCCCAAUAUGAUCGUCUACAGAAAGAUUGAAGACAUCGUCACACGAAUACAAGAUGAGAAAGCAGGAGGUGUAGCCAUCCGGACUGUCAAAAGCUUCCUCUCCAAGAUCCCCAGUGUGGUGUCAGGAGCAGACAUUGUUCAGUGGCUGAUGAAAAACCUCACCAUUGAGGAUCCAGCUGAAGCCAUCCACCUCGGGAGUCUGGUCGCUGCCCAUGGCUACAUCUUCCCCAUCUCCGACCAUGUCCUAACACUCAAAGAUGACGGAACCCUUUAUCGAUUUCAGUCUCCAUACUUCUGGCCUUCAAACUGUUGGGAGCCUGAGAACACAGACUAUGCCAUUUACCUGUGCAAGCGCACCAUGCAGAAUAAGGCCAGGCUUGAGCUAGCUGACUAUGAGGCUGAAAACCUCGCCCGGUUGCAGAGGGCCUUCGCCAGGAAGUGGGAAUUUAUCUUCAUGCAAGCUGAGGCUCAAGUCAAGAUUGACAGGAAGAAGGACAAGGCAGAGAGGAAGAUCCUGGACAGCCAAGAGAGGGCAUUCUGGGACGUCCAUCGGCCAGUGCCAGGCUGUGUCAACACCACAGAGAUGGACAUUCGCAAGUGCCGGAGAGAGAGGAACCCACACAGGGUAAAAAAGUCGGUCUACGGGGUCCCAGACGACGGCCAGAGCCAGCCGAGUCCCAUCCACAUCAGCUCCCAGCUGACCAGGAAGCCCACCAAAGAGGACGUUCAGAAGGAGAUUACCUUCUUGAACGUCCAGCUGGACAGACAUUGUAUGAAGGUUUCCAAAGUGGCCGACAGCCUCAUGAGCUAUACAGAGCAGUUCAUGGAAUACGAUCCCUUUGUGUCGGCCACAGAGCCUUCCAACCCCUGGAUCAGUGAUGACACGUCCUUCUGGGACUUGGAGGCAAGCCGUGACCCCAGCCAGCAGCGUGUGAAGAAGUGGGGCUUCUCUCUGGAGGAGGCACUCAAAGAUCCGGCAGGACGAGACCAGUUCUUGAAGUUCCUCGAGUCAGAGUUCAGCUCAGAGAACCUGCGGUUCUGGUUAGCGGUGCAGGAUCUGAAGCGGCGGCCGCUUCAAGACGUGUCAUCCAGGGCGCAGGAGAUCUGGCAGGAGUUUCUUGCCGAGGGCGCGCCGAGCUCCAUCAACCUGGACUCUCACAGCUACGAGCGCACCAGCCAGAACCUCAAAGACCCCGGACGAUACAGCUACGAAGACGCUCAGGAGCACAUAUUCAAGCUAAUGAAAAGUGACAGCUAUGCACGCUUUAUGCGAUCCAACAUCUACCAAGACCUCCUGUUAGCCAGAAAGAAGCAGCCAGCAGACACUGAACAGGGCCGCCGCACCUCCUUGGAGAAGUUCACCCGCAGUGUGGGCAAGUCAUUGACGGGAAAGCGCCUGACAGGCCUGAUGCAGUCGUCCUGACACAGCCUGUGCUGGAGGGGCUCAGCCAGACCCUGUCGGAGGGGUGACCGCCACACAGGGGCCGGGGUCGGGGCAGGGGCACAGACACUGGAGCCGGGCUGGACAGGGCUGCUGUGGAGGCUCUCGGACACUGCCCGGAGGACUGCUGCCAUACUGGUAGUGCAGCACUGAACGCCCCCAACACACAGAACCACUGAGGAAAAGACAAUGCGGACAAAGGGGAACCUCAGCCAACACACCACAUGGCAUGCAGCAUACAGUAUAAGCACAUCCAGACUAGGGCUGCCCUCUUUUUCAUCACUUAGUCACCAAACUGGUGGUUAGGCUGAUAUAUUGUUUUCAUUUUGUUUUAUAUAUAAGUAUGUGUUUUUCGGAUAUUAAAAGCACAUCUGUGGUAUCGCAACAAUAUUCUUUAUACAUUUAAAAGCUAUUUGCCGCAACAUUUGCAAUGAAAUGGUUUAGUUGUGCUAAAAAACAGCUGGGGCCAAAGAGGUCAAAUAGGCACAUCAACACAGACACAAAUAUUUAUUUAAAUAUGUCUCUGUGCUCACAAGGCAGCCAGCAAUAAAUAAAGUGUGAGACCACUUUCUUUUCUUUUUUUUUAGAAGAAAUAUAUGCUUUUUAUAUAUGCUAAAUUUAUAUUCUAUCUGUUCCUUAUAAAGCACAUGACAUGUCAGUUAAAUAGUUAACACAGUUUGGGCAGUAUAAUCCCCCUCCAAUAAAUUAUAUUUAACCUCUGCAGAAUAGAUUUUUUGAAGGUUUAACUUUACAUGCUUCAUUACAUUCCAAAAUCUGGCAUAAGGGCUUAAUGUAGCAUUUACACUGCACCGUUGCUUGUUUCAUCCAUCUUUGUUGGGGAUUUAUUUUCUCUAAAACAGUGCUUUGUCAUGAGAAUUAUGGCAAAGAUUAACCUUGAUCCACUUGGCAAAUUGAUUCAAUGAACUUCCAGGCUUCGACUUCCAAACAUUUCCAGGCUGCACAGUCAAAAUUAGUCAAUCAAAAAAGUCUGAGAAGCUUAAAACACAAACAUGGCCCACAUGGUGAAUCGCAGUGAUUUUGAGCUUUUAUUUUUAGUCCUAGUGUGCACAGUCAAAUAUGAAAUGGCAUCCUCAUGCUUUUUUGGGCUCCGACUAUACUGACUUUUUGAAGUUUCCAGUGCCAUGGGUCCAUCUAGUGGUAAUGAAACCACAGGACCAGAAACAAGACUGUAUCAAACUGUGUUCACAUCAUAUCAAAAGACAUCAUGAUGUCAAAACUAUAACAUGUUUUCUCCGAUCAUGGAGAUUUUACAAAGCCUGCAGCCCAGAUAUGGGAUCAUUUAUGUUUUGUUGCUUUUUUUUUAUUGCAUGGAUAUCUCGUCUCAUGAAACUUGCCCACUUUUGUUUGGCAAAACGUAUGCCGUGACUCCAUCUAAUACUCAUCAUGUGUUUUAAUGACUGUGGGGGGGAUGGUGCAUGUUAUUGGACCAUAAUGGAGUUGAAGGGAAGAUGGUUUGAUGGCACACAGACAAGCAAAAGCCCUGAAAUGGAGCGACACUCCUCAGUGAACGGACAUGCAACUGAGAACAAUAUUUGAGCCAUCAUGGGUGCCACACACUGAACACGAAGGCCUCUGUGCUCCAAUGUGGCUUCAAACUUCUUCUGCAGACAGGAAGUGCUUGGAGUGAGAAGAUUUUAGUCUCACAGCUCCCCCAUGAGGCCAGUGACAGACUGGACUGCUGAA